UACUUCACUUUUUGUUGAAACAUUCAGAACCGUGUGACAACGUUUAGUAAACUGUGGAUAAGAUCAUUUUCAGUGGAACAUUUUGGGGAAAAACAUGAGUGGAUGUCCAUUUCUGGGAGGAAAGCACGAAUUGUUCAGCAGUAACCCCAGCGGGGCAGAGACAGAGGAUGAGUCUCAACACGGCAUCAACAACGCCGCUAAAGGAGGAACCGUCUAUGGAGAAUACCUUCAGCUCGAUAAGGUGCUGAGUGCUCAAGUCUUGCAGAGUGAACUGAAAGGGAACAAAAUCCAUGAUGAGCAUCUCUUCAUCGUUACCCACCAAGCUUAUGAGCUGUGGUUCAAGCAGAUAUUGUGGGAGCUUGAUUCUGUGCGGGAGCUUUUCAUUAAAAACCAUGUCCGAGAUGAGAGGAACAUGCUGAAAGUGGUGAGCAGGAUCCACAGGAUCAGCAUGAUCUUCAGACUGCUGGUGGAGCAGUUUGCUGUGCUGGAGACCAUGACCGCUCUGGACUUCUUUGAUUUCAGGGAAUAUCUGAGCCCUGCGUCAGGCUUCCAGAGUCUUCAAUUCCGCCUUGUGGAGAGUAAGAUCGGUGUGGUGGAUAAUCUGAGAGUCCCUUACAACCGACAGCACUACAGAGAUACCUUCCACGGACAUGAGAGUGAAGUUCUUCUUAGAUCAGCAGAGGAACCCACGCUGUUACAGCUGCUAGAGCAAUGGCUGGAGAGAACUCCUGGUCUUGAACAGGAUGGAUUUAAUUUCUGGGGGAAACUGCAAGCCAACAUUGAAGAGGGUUUCAAACUGAAGAAGCAAAAACUGGAAAAAAUGACAGAUUCUGAGUCCAAACAGGAGAUGCUGGAGGAUCUCAACAAACAGACGGAGGUUUUCUCUGCUCUGUUCGACCCUAGACGACAUGAACAUCUUUUGAGCAAAGGUGAACGGAGACUUUCCUACAAAGCUCUUCAAGGAGCUCUGAUGAUCAACUUCUACAGAGAAGAGCCUCGUUUCCAGGUGCCGUUCCAGCUCCUGACGGCUCUGAUGGAGAUCGAUACACUCAUGACCAAGUGGAGAUAUAACCAUGUGUGUAUGGUGCACAGAAUGAUUGGUAGCAAAGCUGGAACAGGUGGAUCUUCUGGGUACCAUUACCUGCGCUCCACUGUCAGCGACCGUUACAAAGUGUUUGUGGAUUUGUUCAACCUGGCGACAUUCUUGGUACCUCGUGCCUGGGUGCCCAAACUGAACCCCAACGUCCAUACGUUCCCCUACAUGGCAGCUUACGACAGCUCGUACAAUUCAUGCAGCAGUGAGGAUUCAGAUUAGAUGGAUCACUGCAAAAAAAUCUGUCAUUUUGUCUUGUUUUUCACAAAAAAAAUAUCAAGGUACAUUGACAAUUGUGCAAAAUAACAUAAGAGAUGAAGACAGGUUUUCAGAGAAUAUAUACUGUAAAUAUAUCAUUUUUUGGAGGUAAUAAUAAUAAUAAACAUGCUUCAAGAUAUAUUCUCUUAAACCAAAGUAAAUUACGCUCAUUUUAAAAAGGCUUAAAUAUUUACUGGAAAACAAGACAAAAUAGUGAUUUACAAAAUAAAUAUUUUGCAGUGAUCAGACACUCUGCAAAGGUUGUGAUUGUUUGUCUUUGCUGAUAAAAUGAAGUACAAUGAUUUUAGGAAUAAUGCCAAGUGCUCUUUAUUGAUCAGCUAAAGUUUGUGCAUUUUGUUCCAUUUAUGUAGUUAACUGAUUUACUGAAAAACUGCUAUGUAGACAAUAUAAAUGUAAAUAAAGUUUAAUGAUGCUGUAAUUGUGUAGAUUAAAAAAAAAACAAGGAUCAGUGUAACUCAAGAAGUCUUGUACAUACUAUUUAUAUUUCAAGCACUGUAAAAAGUCUUUUGUAUCAGUAAAAAGAUUUGUUUUAAAGAAGCACACGGAUUUGUCUAUUUGUAAAUAUAUGAUAUACUGUAUAUUUGAAAUCCAAAAACUUCCACACGGAAGAUAUAGCAUAUAAACUGUACAUUAUACUGUAAUUAUACUGUAAUUAUACUGUAAUUAUACUGUAAUUUUCAAGUGUUAAAUGCAGUCACAGUAUAACACAUUUAAUAAACAGAUGAAAUCUAUAUUUUUCUGCA